AACUGAUAGCCUACUAUAUUUGCAAGUUUGAAAGACCAAUUCCAUGUUUUAUGUGAUGCAAAGUUGUAUGCUGAAAAUCUCUGACAUACCUUUUGGUUUUGUGAUGUUAAACAUUAAGAAGUUUGGCUUAGGGCAAAUCUAAUUUUAAAAUUGCUUGGCACAUCACUAGAAUGCAGUACAUAUAACAUGCUUUUUAAUAUUAUUAUUAUUAUUACUUUCAGAAUGCACAGUCCUCGAUUCUUGUAGCUCCCACUCAGACACACCAGUUCUCACCCCAAACCACCCUGAAACUGAUGACCGUGCUGAGCCAAGCAUGAAGAGACCUCGUUUUGAUGAAGCUUUUGAGGCUAAGCAGUUUGUCAGUGAAAUUUUGAAAGAAAAGGCAGGUGGACUUGCCGUUUUGGCCGAAUAUAAUGAACAUGGAAAACUCACAGAUUCAACCCGGCGACAGUUAGUCAACAUCGUUGUUGCAUACAUAACUGAAAAAGAAGGUCGUGUCCCUUCCAAAGAAACAAAAACACGCUGUGCCUUGGGAAUUGUAACUCUUUGCCCAUCACUGAAGGAUCCAUACUCAAGAACUGGAUAUGAACAUUUCUAUGACCCCAAGAGCAAUCAAGGAUACAUAUCAUGGCGUCUGAAAACAGUUUCACGCCGAAGCAAAAGCCAGAGCACAAGAAAUGCCAGGUCAAGUGCAGCAUUGGAUGAAGGCAACAGAGGACCAACAGCUAACAGAGCCAACUGGAACUAUUUGGAAAAGCAGCUCGAUGGCGACCAAUGCAAAGAAGCCAUAUCAUUUAUGAGUCAUUGUGCUGACAAGGACCAGAUUUUUGAGAAGAUGAAAUUAACAUUCAAGCACAGACAGCAGCUUAUUCAUGAUGCAGAGAAGUCCAGCACAGCUCUUUCAGUUUUUCCAAGAUUUCUCGACACAAAGGGAUUGGUUCUUCAAGACUUUGACAUCAAAUUUGGAACUGAAACCGCUUCCAGACUACUAGAACAAUGGGACACCUUAAAGCCGAAGAUCAUCGCAGAGGCGAAAACGCUUAAUUCAAACUUGUACCUAAACAGCCUCCUUGCAGCUGGCACUGGGCAGAACCUGGAAUGUGAAUGGCAAGGAUGGGACAGUGACAUGUCCUGUCUUUUACUACUGGCUUUCCUUUUGCCACCUUCAGCAGGUGGUAGAAACAAUUCAACAAAGAUCAGCAUUAAGGAGGCAAUGGAUCAUGUUGUGCAGUUUCACAAGGCUUGUUGCAGUCUAACUGAAUAUGUUGAGAAGACUGAAGGCCUGCAACCACAUCUCCUUGCAGUUGGCUCUGCAAAGAAUGCCAUUCAUGAGUUCUACAUUGUUCUGGAUGGAAAACUUCUACCAUGUCAGGCAAAGUCAUCCCUUUCUGCUUUUGACGAACUGUUUAAAGCGUAUUUUGUUUUUAGUGUGUCAUACCCCCACUCCUUAAAUGCAAUGUUUACAUUUGUUCAGACAACAAUCUACAAGAUUGGCUGUGGCACAGUUCGUGAAACCCCAAGGGUAAAGGACCUACGAGCCAAACUUCUGAAUUAGCUCUCUUGACUGACUGAAAAUGUUCCGCUGUUUUGCUUGUAAAGCAGUACAUUUAACAAUUAAUGACCUCAUUCGUCAUCUAAAACUCAUUCAUGCUUAUUAUCCUGGGAAAAAAUUGAACUUGAAAUGUGCACAGAACAAUUGCAAGCAUAGCUUCAUGACUUAUGCCGGAUUUCGAAAACACUUGAGUAGUGUUCAUAGACAUGAAUUUCUAGACCAAGCAGAGACUGAAAAUCAGACUGAAGAUACUGAACCGUCACAUUUAAAUAAUCAUAAUGAACAACAACCUGAGACACCACUCGGUGAUAAAAGGAGGGUGAUUGACACUCAAGAAAUGUGUGCAUCUAUUGUUGCUAGAUUGCAAAAUAGUGGAGUAGCAACCAGUGUUGUAACUUCUGUAAUAUCGGACAUGGAGGAACUGGUCCAUGAAAUACAUUCUGAUAUUAAAAGUAAAGUAAUGAAUUUACUUCCAGCAAAGGAUUUUGCAACAGCAUCCCAGGUAGAUGACUGUUUUAGUAGUAUGAAUAAUCCAUUCACAAAUCUAAACACAGAACACAAAUGGAAAAAAUAUUUCAAAGACAAAUGGGCUGUUGUCGAUCCUACUGAGAUAAAGCUAGGUGUACGAUUUGACAGUAGAUUGAAUCGAGUGACGAGGACUUAUGAUCAAGUUCCUGUAACCGACAAGUUCAUUUACAUUCCCCUUUUGAACACAUUGCAGUUUAUAUUUAGGAAUUCGGAUAUAUGUAAACAUAUGACAAGUCCAAGUGCGAGUACAUCUGUCUAUAAAGAUUUUUGUGAUGGGGAUUAUUUUAAAAACCACCCACUUUACAGUAAACAUAAAAAUGCACUUCAAAUACAGUUAUACUAUGAUGAUUUUGAAUCUGCUAAUCCGCUGGGCUCGAAGCAAGGCAUUCAUAAAAUUGGAGUAAUUUACUUUAUUCUCAGGAACUUUCCACCCAAAAUGAAUUCAAGUUUAAUGAACAUACAUUUAUUGUCAUUAUUCUAUGCACAGGAUAUUAAGAACUAUGGAUUUGAUGCAAUUUUGCGGCCCCUUGUUGAAGAUUUAAAAGUCCUUGAAAGUUCUGGCAUUCCAGUUCCUUUCUCCAAAGAUCCCUUGUUUGGCACUAUUGCACAGGUUACUGGCGACAACUUGGGAAUGCACACAAUUCUUGGUUUUAUGGAAUCUUUUAGUGCCCUUUACUUUUGUCGGUUCUGUUUAGUAGACAAAAAAACAUCUCAGUCUGUUUUCAGUGAAGACGACACUAAUAUAACAUUAAGAAACAAAGCGUUACAAGAACAGCACUAUGCAGAUUUGGUAGCUGACCCUAGCAUUACUUCAUCUUUUGGGGUUAAGCGUACAUGUCUAUUUAAUGACUUAAAAUACUUUCAUAUUUGUGACAACUACUCCCCUGAUAUAAUGCACGACAUCCUCGAGGGUGUUGGUCAGUAUGAAAUAAAGUUACUUCUUGAAUAUCUUUCUGGCAUUAUACCAAGACAAGACGUAUGUAACAGAAUCUAUUCUUUCAAUUAUGGCUUUCUUGAAAGAAAAAACCGACCUACUAGAUUAAAUCUAGAGCAGACAGCUAAUUCUAUAGGUCUAAAUGCCAUUCAGACAUUCUGUUUAAUACGGAACAUUCCUCUGAUAUUUGGAGACCUCAUUGAAGAGGAAAAUAAUUACUGGCGUUUAUUACUAUUGUUGUUACAGAUCAUCAACAUAGU